AUGGUGAGGAAACAUGCGCUUGCCAAUGCAUUGUUGCGUGGACAGCUGAAGCGUAAUCUAUCCAUUCACAAGGCUUCCAACAUUGUUGUAGACGAGAAGCAGCCUAACAAGUCGCCUGUUUCCAGUCAUAUUCUCGAGCUUUCCUCAGAUUAUUACCGAUUGCCUAGCGAGGCUGUUUUUGAUACAAUAGGCCAAACUCAAUCCACCCUUUCUCUUACUGUUCCACCUUCUGUGCCAGUCCAUGUGAAGCGUGGAUCAUUGAUGGCGCUCUUCACGGCCACAGAGACCAAAGCUAGCAUGAAAGAUAUUGUUCAAUCGAGAUUGGAAGCGCAAGAGCCAUUGAAACGAUUUGCAUAUGGUGGACAUACAUCUCUAUAUCAAAGAUUAAUCUCCACUGUUCCCGUGACAUUGUUAGUUUCAGCCUACGACAGCACUUCGGUAUUUCGGAGAUCGAAAACUUCUAAGACGUUCUGUACUUUGUCGCUAGAUGGAUCUGUUGACUGGGCUCUCUUUAAUCGUGACUCUGUUCAAGCCUACACUGGCAACUCGCUAACAAUCACUAUUCAAAAGCUCCCAAGGUCAGUCUCAAAAGCAGGGGUACGGAAAUUUGGUCUACCCAAAAAUUCUACCCCGGGUCUUACUGGAACGUUUUCAUCCGGAUACAAGCAUGUUGCCGGGCGCGGAUAUGUCUCCCUCGUGGGGGAAGGCUCCAUAUUCAGAGUGAAUCUUAAUGAAGAUGAAGAGAUUCUAGUCAAAAAAGACAAUUUGUUUGCGGCCUCCAUAGGCCAAAUACAAGACUUAGAGGAUGGUUACUUUGUUUCUCAGAUUCUAGAUAAGCAUUUACAGGCUGAAGAGGAAGAAGAGGUUAGAGUGAUUGAUACACAUCAAGAGGAAAGCGUUUUUUCCAAGGCGAAGGAACUCAUUUACAGGGGAUGGAAUAACCUCCAUCGAAAACAGCAGUCCCUAUUUGAUACUAUCAUUGGUAACGGCAGCUAUAUUAACGUUAGAGGCCCUCGUAUCCUACUGAUACAAGCCAACACAGGCAAAGAUCGAUUUGUGAUCGGAAGCCGUAGUUCAGUCUCGACUGUGGAGAAGUACAUCAAAAAGGGUGGCUUUACACAACCACCAAAGCCGCUGAAGGCUAUCUGA